GGGCAACUUUGAUGGGGGCCACAAAAAAAACUCAUCAUGGGGGGCAUCUCACAUGAAGAUGAAGCAUUGAAAACAUUGAAAAUGACCACCCUCGAAGGGGUGAGUGCCUUGCGAGAAUCCAUACAGUCAUUGAAGGAGAAUCACCCCCUGACACAACCCAAGUCACAAGUCCUUGAACCGAACCUGACCUUAUGGGCCAAAGGCGAGCUUGUCACCCUUCUUCCCCGCUGGUGUAUUGUCAAUGGAAUCGUUUUCAAUGGCCCGGAUAGAUCAAAUGUUCCAUUAAAAUAAACGUUUCUUGCCGCCCAGAUUUCCCCCCUGUGGUGCUGCUGGUUUUGACUCUGAGGUAAACCCGAGAGAGAACUAUGAAUGAUAAAGAACCAAGGAGGGCAACAUAACGAAAAAGGAGGCGGUUAGUCUUUGUAGUCGGGAGGAAUGCGGAAAUGUUCCUGCUCUGUGUCAAACUUAUCUGAAGGGGGUCAAGGCACAUUCAGCCAGCGUGGGAAAGCGAAGAAGAGACGGAGCUCACAGGCAAGCGUUGCAUAUCCAGGGAUACAUGGGGAAAAGAGUUAAAAAGGGGAAAAACUGAGAAAAGCGUGGCUUGGAGAAUAUAUCACGCUUUUGUCCUAUGACCCCCCCAAGUUGCAGUAGGCACUGUGUUUUUCUGUAAAAAAAAAAAAAAAACUCCCCCGUAUUAUAGUUGCUUUGCUUGAGCUGCAGUUGCAGAGGUGGUGAGCCUACUGCUGAGGGAUGGGGGUUACAGAAGCUGCUCCAUCCGACUACCUGUGUGGCCCGGCGUGACAGUGAGGGAUCUGUGAUGUGUUGUGUUUUAGUGUGAACACUUAUCCAAAGGGGGCAUGUUUCAUAAAUUCAUGGACACGACCAAUUGCGAAUUUCACUGAUAACAUAAAAUAAGAGAUGCCAGAUGUGUGAUGUGAGGUAACUAGGAGGACAAGAGAUUCAUACGCGUAAUGAAGUGGGAGUGGAUCAAGUAGAACGCAUCGGGGUUCUCGUGUUGAUAGUCGGAAUAAUACUAAACUUGAUGACACAAUGUUGUGGACCUCCGUUUAACCAAAAACAGACAGACAUAUACGAUGUCUCUGCUACCUCUGUCUUCCUUUAAUUUAGGCAUUGCCCGCGCCAACAACUAUUUUCUGUGAGGAUGGCUUUGUAAUAACCCUGGUUCGUUACGUUCGUUGGGAUUCCCCGCAAUAUUCUCAACAAGAAAAAGAAAAAAGACGCAAAAAUGGACAAAGAAAGUGUAGCACAACAGUACGAGCCCGUCGCCGAGAUUGGGGAAGGAGCGUAUGGAAAGGUGUACAAGGCACGAGAUUUGAAGAACGAGGGACGCUUUGUAGCCCUAAAACGAGUUCGGGUACAGACGGAGGAGGAAGGGAUGCCCCUCUCGACCAUCCGUGAGGUGGCGGUACUGAGGCAACUGGAGGCAUUCGAACACCCCAACGUGGUCAGACUGUUCGAUGUGUGUACUGUGUCUCGGACCGACCGUGAGACCAAGCUGACCCUGGUCUUUGAGCACGUUGACCAGGACCUGACCACGUACCUGGAGAAGGCACCUGAUCCUGGGGUGCCACCUGAAACUAUCAAAGAUAUGAUGUACCAGCUGCUGCAGGGACUGGACUUCCUGCACUCACACCGUGUGGUUCACCGGGACCUGAAACCCCAGAACAUUUUGGUCACCAGUGGAGGACAGAUCAAACUGGCCGAUUUUGGCCUCGCCAGGAUAUACAGCUUUCAGAUGGCCCUGACCUCUGUGUUGGCACUUUUGGGACUAUUCCAGUUUUACAGGGCAAACCAAAACCUGAAGGUGGUGACGUUGUGGUACAGAGCCCCAGAGGUGUUGCUCCAGUCCAGCUAUGCCACCCCAGUUGACCUGUGGAGUGUGGGCUGUAUCUUCGCUGAGAUGUUCAGGAGAAGACCUUUGUUUCAAGGAAACUCAGAUGUUGAUCAGCUGGGCAAGAUUUUAGAUGUGGUCGGGGUUCCCUCGGUGGAGGACUGGCCCCAGGAAGUAGCCCUACCACAGAGUGCCUUCUCCCCACGACCCCCUCAGCCAAUCGGAGAACUUGUCCCUGACAUGGAUGAGCUGGGGAAAUCCCUUUUACUCCAAUUCCUGGCUUUUAAUCCCUCCAGAAGGAUAUCAGCAUUUGCUGCUCUGACCCACCCCUACUUCCAGAGUGUGGAUAGUGACACUAAGAGUGUGUACGCCCAGCCCAUUGGCAGCAACAAGCCCACCCUGGAGGAGAGAGCUGCCUGACAGCCCCCUGGCCCAGGACUGGACUGGCCUGACAGAGAGGGAGAGAAAGAGAGGGAUGGACACAAAGACUGAGAAAGAGAGCAAUAAACAGAGACAUUUGAUUCCAAAAGGCAACCGUGCUGUCUUCCACAAUUUACCAAUUUGAAUGCUGCUUUUUAGGAUACUUUUAUUAAAAAAAGUUUAAACAAUGCAAGGACCCCUGAAGCUGAGAUGUACUGCCACCAGAAGAGAACCUCUGGAUGUCCAGGAGCUGCUGCCUCUUGUCUCUCCUUCCUUAGCUUGAGAAGAGGCUCCUCGGUGGGGGAACACCAAGCACCAAGGGUAGGUCGGCAUGGACCUCACCUGGAGCUCACCUUCACAACAACCGAGAGAGAUGACACACGUACACACACAUUUUAAUCCAAUGCAGGAGGACCUCACACACUGCCUAGUGCUACUUCUGGUCCAUAGAUAUCACUGCCACCUACAGGUUGUCCUGUGUUACUGCAGGCCAGAGCAGGAUUUCUGAUGGGCUUCAUCUUAUCAAAUCAAAUCAAAUUUAUUUAUAUAGCCCUUCAUACAUCAGCUGAUAUCUCAAAGUGCUGUACAGAAACCCAGCCUAAAACCCCAAACAGCAAGCAAUGCAGGUGUAGAAGCACG